AUGGCUGGCAGAGUGAGUGGCAGCAGAAGCGGCGGGAGCAGAGAGAGAAGAGUCGGCAAGGGCGCAUGGGCGCCACUGCAGCGCCUCUGGGGGCUCCUCCCACAGGUCUGGUAUGGUGGCUCGCACUACCACUGCUUUUGGGGAGGGGGAUGGGGAGGGGGGAAAAAGGGGCAAUGGUGGGUGAGUGGCAGCUGCAGCGCCAGCAGCGCCGUUUCCUCAGUGAAAGGCCGGCAGAGUGAGCAGCGGCGGCAGCACUAUCGGCAGGUGCGCCUCUGGGGGAGUGUUCAUUGCCACUGGUGCGCCUCUGGGGGAGUGUUCAUUGCCACUGGUGCGCCUCUGGGGGAGUGUUCAUUGCCACUGGUGCGCCUCUGGGGGAGUGUUCAUUGCCACUGGUGCGCCUCUGGGGGAGUGUUCAUUGCCACUGGUGCGCCUCUGGGGGAGUGUUCAUUGCCACUGGUGCGCCUCUGGGGGAGUGUUCAUUGCCACUGGUGCGCCUCUGGGGGAGUGUUCAUUGCCACUGGUGCGCCUCUGGGGGAGUGUUCAUUGCCACUGGUGCGCCUCUGGGGGAGUGUUCAUUGCCACUGGUGCGCCUCUGGGGGAGUGUUCAUUGCCACUGGUGCGCCUCUGGGGGAGUGUUCAUUGCCACUGGUGCGCCUCUGGGGGAGUGUUCAUUGCCACUGGUGCGCCUCUGGGGGAGUGUUCAUUGCCACUGGUGCGCCUCUGGGGGAGUGUUCAUUGCCACUGGUGCGCCUCUGGGGGAGUGUUCAUUGCCACUGGUGCGCCUCUGGGGGAGUGUUCAUUGCCACUGGUGCGCCUCUGGGGGAGUGUUCAUUGCCACUGGUGCGCCUCUGGGGGAGUGUUCAUUGCCACUGGUGCGCCUCUGGGGGAGUGGUCAUUGCCACUGGUGCGCCUCUGGGGGCUACUCCCACAGUUAUCGCGGCUCGCGCUGCCACUGCUUCUAAUGGGAUGGGAUGCCGCGGAAAAGGGGGGAAAUGGAGGGAGCGUGAGAGCGCGGGUGGAAGGGAGGGAAAGCGGGGAAAGGAAGAUCUUGAGUGGAAAUACAGGAUUGUCACUGGUGUGCCCUGGCUGGACGUUUCCCCACACAGGCCAGCAACCACCCACUUCCCCCCCUCCCCCCUCUCCCCCCGCACGCUCACCGCCACCAGCGAUUGUGCUGCGAGGCCCAGGAGCCUGCCUCGCAUCGGCGCCGCGCGAUUCCCCUCAUCCAGACGCAGCGACGGAUGGUCCCCUCCUAUCGUGCUUGAGGCAGCGCGCGUGCGAUCGUCACCGAUCUCCACCACGAAUUCUACAUCCCACAGGCUGACUAGCGCGGCCGCUAGCAGCAGCAGCAGCGCUAGCAGCGGGUGGGACCUCCGCAGGCAGGAGAAGCGGGAGAAGCGGGGGAAGAGGGGGAAGAGGCCGGCGGUUCGUCGCCGAUCAAAGGAAGGCUGGCGUGAGAGUGAGAGAGACGACUUGACGGGCGUGAACGAGAACGGCCACGAUUGCAGCCAGAACCGCAGCGACGAUCGCAGCCGUCGGAGGAUCCUGUUGCAGCGGAGAACGCGGGGAGGGGGGAGGAUGGAGCCGGCAGAGGGGGGCCGCGGAAUGCCGGCCGCUGAUAGCGGCGGUUCGGAUGCAGCAGCAUCCGUGGCAAACGCGGCGGCAGCAGCUUCUGAGGUUGUAGGGGCGGAAGCCGCAACGACCGCAGCUGCUGCAGCGGAAGGCACGGUAGCAGCCGGAGGAACAUCCGCGGCGGCAGGCGCAGCGGCCGGCGCAGGCGGAGCAGCGGCGGGGGGGAAGCGCAAGGGGAAGAAGUCCGGGCGGGAGCGCAAGGGGGGGCGGGAGGCAGCGACGAUGGAGGUGGAGGAGCGCGAGGCGUGGGCGCGCGGACUGCCCGUGGUGCAGGAGCGCGUGCCGUACUCGCAGGUGGUGGCGCUGAAAAAGUCCAAUGAGCUGAAACACAUCAUCAAGCACCCUCAGUCGUCGCUCCAGUCGGAGCCCGAGCGAGUGUUCCUGGUGCUCAAGGACGACCGUGUGGUGCGCUGCAUGCUGCCGCCCCUCGACCGCGACCCCUCCUUCUGGGCGGCAUGGAAGGAUCUCAGCCUAGAUUCGCUCACCAUCAACGCCUUCUCGCCGCCGCCCGCGCCGCCCGUCAUGCAGCCGUGGGGGCUCUGGGGUCCUUCCUUGAAGUUUCUGCAGGACUGGGGGUGGGUGGGGGGAGGGGAGGGCCGGCGGGAGGGGGUUGGGGGGAAGGGGAAGGGGGGAGCGGAGGGGGCGGGGGAGAGUGCGGGGAAGGGGAAAGGGAAGCCGUUGACUGCUAAGCAGAAAGCGGAAGCUGCUAUGAAGGAGCGGGUGAGGAGGCUUGCAGAAGAGAGGAAGGAGACGGAGAGGAGGAGGGUGGAGAAGGAAAGAGAGCUGAAGAGGCAAAGAGAGGAGAGGAUUCGGAUGGAAAGGGAGGAGAGGAGGAGGGCGGAGAGGGAGGAGAGGGAGCAGCAGAAGCAGGAGGAGCAGGAGCAGAGAGGGGGCGGUGCGAAAGCGAAAAAACGGGGAGCAGAGGAGAAGAAUGUGGAGGCGAGGAGAAAGAAGCUAGUGGCUCAGGUGGCCAGUCAGGAGCGCUGGGGUUCGUUCUACAAGCAGGCGGCUAAUAACGAGGGCGUGCGGUUCCUGAUCGGGGCGGCGUUCUUUGUCUUUUUCUACUUUGGGAUUAUUGUGAAUGUGAAGAAGAAGAGGAAGGAUUACGAGGAUCGGAUCAAGUUGGAGCGGGCGGCGGAAGAGGAGAGGAGGAAGAUGGAGGGGUGGGAGGAGGAUAUGGAGGAGAUGGAAGCGAGGGAGGAGGAGGAGGCGGAGAAGGAGAAAGAGAGGGAGAAGAAGGGAGGGAAGAAGGCCGGGGUGGUGGUUGCGAAGGGGAAGGAUGGGAAGGAGGCGGAGGAUGGGAAGGGUGAGGGGAAGGGCGAGGGCGAGGGGGAGGGGAAGGUGGAGGAGGAGAAGAACCAGGCCAUUCUGGCCGGCAUGCGGUUCAUGCGGUCCGGAGCUAAAGUUCGGCGCGCACGCAAGGGCAAGCGCACGCGUCGCCCCACCUACCUGGACCUGAGCGCAGAGGUGAAAUUCUCCGAUGUAGCUGGGUUGGGUGAAAUCAGGCGAGAGCUGGAGGAGGUGGUGGAAUUCUUCCAGUCCGCGGAGAAGUACCGCCGCCGCGGCUCCAAGAUCCCUUCGGGCAUCCUGCUGUGCGGCGAGCCGGGCAGCGGGAAAACUUUGCUGGCCAAGGCGGUGGCAGGCGAGGCGGGAGUGAGCUUCUUCUCGGUGUCGGCGAGUCAGUUCGUGGAGAUCUUCGUGGGCGUGGGGGCCAGCCGCGUGCGCGCGCUGUACAACGAGGCCAGGGAGAACGCGCCGUCGGUGGUGUUCAUUGAUGAGCUGGACGCUGUGGGACGACAGAGAGGGCUCACUGAGGGGUCUGGCGGGCAGGAGAGAGACGCCACGUUGAACCAGGGUCAUGUGCGGGCAUGCAGGGUCAUGUGCGGGCAUGCAGGGUCAUGUGUGGGCAUGCAGGAGCCUGUCAAAGCUCACUCACCCACUCAAGUCGUUUCCUUACAUUAUUCCCACUCACCUGCUCUUUCCAACCUGCUUCCCUCCCUCCCACCCCAACAGCUGCUGACGUGUCUGGAUGGAUUUGAGGGCAGAGGUGACGUCAUCACCAUAGCAGCCACCAACCGGCCGGAUAUUUUGGACGCUGCCCUGGUGCGGCCGGGCAGGUUUGACAGAAAGAUUUACAUCCCGAAGCCGAGUCUCAAGGGGCGCGCUCAGAUCCUGGAGGUGCACAGCCGCAACAAGGUGUUGGAUGAUGACGUGGACUUUGAGGCGGUAGCGCAGGUGACAGAUGGCAUGUCGGGCGCUGAGCUGGCGAACGUGGUUGACGUGGCGGCGCUCAGAGUGCUGCGGGAGAACCGAUCCGAGUGGUUAUGUGUGUGUGGUGGGUGGUUAUGUGUGUGUGGUGGGUGGUUAUGUGUGGUGGGUGGAAUUCAAGACAACAAGCUGCAGGCCGCCAUACUCAACGGUGGCGGGUACCUGUGGCUGCACCACUCUCCAAACGACCCCAUCCAUGCUCCCCUUUCUCCUGCCCCGCCUCCCCUCCGCCUUCCCUCUCCCCCUCCCUCCCUGACCCCCCCUUCUCCCAUCAAAUCACAGCAGACGGCAUGCUGCAGUGCAGUCCACCCAUCCCCGGCCCUUACCAUCUCCCCCCAUCCCUUUCCCUCAACCUUUUCCCUCCCCCCUCCCCAUCAGUUCACAACAGACAAGAUGCUGCAGGCCGCCAUGCUGGAAGAGAUCACAACAGACGACGUGCUGCAGAUGGCCAUGCUGGAGGAGGGGGGUGUACUAGCCCCUUCCUCAGCUCCCCUUUCUAUUGCAAUUGCUCCUUUCCUCGUCCACCCUUCUUCCAUCACAACAGACGACAUGCUGCAAGCCGCCAUGCUGGAGGAGGGAGGGUACCCGUCGCCCCACGAGGGCAGCCCAAUCAGGCAGCGCCAGCUGGCACUCAACGAGGCGGCGCUGGCUGUAGUGGCGUUCAACUUCCGCGACUUCCAGAACAUUCAGCUGAUCACGGUGGUGCCGCGAAUGACGGAGGAGAAGGGUUCAGUGCGGUACAAGCUGGUGGACACGCAGAAGAUGAAGGCCAACUUCAUCUCUGCCUCGUGCCUGCGUGACUUCAUCACCGUUCAGCUGGCGCCCAUGGUGGCCGAUGAGAUGUGGAACGGCGCCGAGGAGACGUGCACCAUCUGGGCGGACCACGCUGACGUGGCACGCCGCACAGUGCGCCAGGUGGCUCUCAACGGUUUGUCAGCGCCGAGUGAGGAGGGCGCGUUGUACGGCAUCGGCGUGGCGGCUGUAGACGCACCGUGGCGCCGUGAGGCUGUUGAUGCCGACGCUUCCCGCAUUCUUGAGGAGUGCCGCACCCGCGCUGCUCAGAUCCUAAGGCGCAAUCGCAGUCUGGUGGAUGCACUAGUGGACAAGCUGAUAGAGGAGAAGGCGAUGGGCGGCGAGGAGUUUGCCAGCCUGGCGCGGCAGUACGGGUCGUUUGACACGCCGCCGCCCUCCCCCGUGGAGAUGAGGGACCGUCAGCUGGCACGGUUCCGAGAGGCCAUGAUGGCCGGCGAGAAGGAGCGGGCGGCACGUGUGCUGCUGGCUGACCCUGUUGCUGUGGAGUGA